CAAUUGAAAGAAAAUUCUAGAAGCUGAUCGCCCUAUAAAUUUGAUACGCUGUAAAUUUAAGCCAAACCCUAGUUCCAUUUCGAUCUAUUGCUGUCUCUGCUCCUCAAAUUGUUACACCACCAAUUACAACAGUUUUGCUUCCAUAUAUCUUCGAUCAGGGCGUGGUUAGACGGUGCUGAUUUUUUGGCUGUGCACUUGCGAUCUGCUUUUACAUUUUGGUGAGAGUAAAGCUCUGAGAUCGUAAGUAGCUCUGGUGAUGGCGUCGAAACGUAUCUUGAAGGAACUCAAGGAUUUGCAGAAGGACCCUCCUACGUCAUGCAGUGCCGGUCCAGUUGCAGAAGACAUGUUUCAUUGGCAAGCAACAAUCAUGGGACCUAAUGAUAGUCCAUACUCUGGUGGUGUGUUCUUAGUUUCAAUUCAUUUCCCACCUGACUACCCCUUCAAGCCUCCUAAGGUUGCAUUUAGGACGAAGGUGUUCCAUCCAAACAUCAACAGCAAUGGUAGCAUAUGCUUAGAUAUCCUCAAGGAACAAUGGAGUCCUGCACUAACAAUCUCCAAGGUGUUGCUUUCCAUUUGCUCAUUGUUAACGGACCCAAAUCCUGAUGAUCCGUUGGUGCCAGAGAUAGCUCAUAUGUACAAGACUGAUAAGACCAAAUAUGAAGCCACUGCUCGUAGCUGGACACAGAAGUAUGCAAUGGGAUGAGGAUAUGAUUGAUUCAUAUUUUUGAAUCUGGAUGAGAUAUGGGAUAUGAUGGAUGGUUGAAAGAAUAAAAAUUGUUAAGCUUUUUCAUCACUUUUUAUUCUUCAAGUUGAAAUUGAAAUGUUAAUGAAAUGGUUGUUAAGAUUUGUCUUCUCAUCUUGGUAUGUGUAAUAUUGGAUUUUGAUUUACUGACUAAAAGACGUUUAGAAAAUGUGUUAUUGUUAUGUUUUCCAAUCAUAAGCAGUUUCUUCCUGAAAA